AAUCGCACAGCCUUGCAGCAUCCCAACGCAUCACAUGACCAUCCCCCAGCAGAUGGUUUGGGUGAUGUCACAUUGAUUCGUGAGGAGAGCGCCUUUCGUUCGACCUGGAGAAAUUCUGAAGGAUUUUAUCACAAGGGUAUUAUUUUUUUUUACCUUAAAGGGUGAGUGUGUCAGGUGGUCACCAUGGGGGAACUGUUCAGGAGCGAGGAGAUGACGCUUGCCCAGCUCUUCCUCCAGUCUGAGGCAGCCUACUGCUGUGUCAGCGAGCUGGGAGAACUGGGAAUGGUUCAGUUCCGCGAUCUCAACCCAGACGUGAAUGUGUUCCAGAGGAAGUUUGUGAAUGAAGUGAGGAGGUGUGAGGAGAUGGACAGGAAACUAAGGUUUGUCGAGAAGGAGAUUAAAAAAGCCAACAUCCCGACUGUGGAUACAGGAGAGAAUCCCGAAGUCCCCUUCCCUAGGGAUAUGAUUGACCUGGAGGCCACAUUUGAGAAGCUGGAGAACGAGCUGAAGGAGAUCAACACCAACCAGGAAGCCCUGAAGAAGAACUUCCUGGAGCUGACCGAGCUCAAGCACAUCCUGCGACGUACCCAGCAGUUCUUUGACGAGAUGGAGGACCCCGCCCUGAUGGAAGAGUCGUCAGCCCUAAUGGAGGGUAACGAGGGUGGCCGGGGAGCACCGCUCCGACUCGGGUUUGUUGCUGGGGUGAUCAGCCGGGAGAGGAUCCCUACCUUUGAGAGGAUGCUGUGGAGAGUGUGCCGCGGCAACGUCUUUUUACGUCAGGCAGAAAUCGAGGACCCUCUGGAGGACCCUGCCACGGGCGACCAAGUCCACAAGUCAGUCUUCAUCAUCUUUUUCCAAGGCGAUCAGCUGAAGAACAGAGUCAAGAAGAUAUGUGAGGGGUUCCGGGCCUCCCUCUACCCCUGCCCCGAGACUCCCCAGGAAAGGAAGGAGAUGGCUGCUGGGGUCAACACCCGUAUUGACGACCUCCAGAUGGUGCUGAACCAGACAGAGGACCACAGACAGAGGGUGCUCCAGGCUGCAGCCAAGACCAUGAGGGUGUGGUUCAUCAAGGUGAGGAAGAUGAAGGCCAUUUACCACACGCUGAACCUGUGCAACAUCGACGUCACCCAGAAGUGCCUGAUCGCCGAGGUGUGGUGCCCUGUAUCCGACCUGGACUCCAUCCAGUUCGCCCUGCGCCGAGGAACGGAGAGGAGUGGCUCCACAGUGCCCUCCAUUCUCAACAGGAUGACCACCAAGCAGACUCCGCCCACCUUCAACAAGACCAAUAAGUUCACCUCUGGAUUCCAGAACAUCGUGGACGCUUACGGGAUCGGAAAUUACCGGGAGAUUAACCCAGCACCGUACACCAUCAUCACUUUCCCUUUCCUGUUUGCCGUCAUGUUCGGGGACAUGGGUCACGGUGUGCUGAUGACCUGUGCCGCCCUCUACCUGGUCAUCCGAGAGAGCCGCAUCCUCUCCCAGAAGACUGACAAUGAGAUGUUCAACAUGGUAUUCGCUGGACGCUACAUCAUCCUGCUGAUGGGAAUCUUCUCUGUCUACACCGGUAUCAUCUACAACGAUUGCUUUUCCAAAUCCCUCAACAUGUUUGGCUCCGGUUGGAGUGUCCGGCCCAUGUUCAGCCCCAAGGGAGCCAACUGGACGUUUGAAACUCUCAAUGAAAAUAAGGUGCUGCAGCUGGACCCAGCCGUGCCGGGUGUCUUCAAUGGCCCCUAUCCACUGGGUAUAGACCCGAUCUGGAACAUUGCCACCAACAAGUUGACCUUCCUUAACUCCUUCAAGAUGAAGAUGUCUGUGAUCCUGGGAGUGAUCCACAUGAUGUUUGGCGUCUCUCUCAGCCUGUUCAACCACCUGUACUUCAAGAAGCCCCUGAACAUCUUCCUGGGCUUCAUCCCUGAGAUUGUCUUCAUGGCCAGCCUGUUCGGCUACCUCAUUAUCCUGGUCUUCUACAAGUGGACGGCCUACGACGCUUUCACCUCCAAGGACGCGCCCAGCCUCCUCAUUGCCUUCAUCAACAUGUGUCUCUUCAACUACGGCGACGUCACCAAUAAGCCUCUCUACCGGGGACAGAUGGGGAUCCAGAUUGUUUUGGUGCUGAUUGCCCUUGCAUGUGUUCCCUGUAUGCUGAUAGUGAAAACUAUGGUGCUUCGGCGCCAGCACCUGUGGAAAAAGCACCUGUCACAGAAGAGGGAAGAAUGCCCUGCAGAGAAUCUAGAGCAAUCUUUAGAGCAAACAGGCGUGUCCUCAUCAACCGGACUCACCCAACAGGGCACACAGAAAUUCGGAGGGGUGCGGGUGGGCAACGGGCCCACGGAGGACGAAGCUGGUAUCAUGGACCACGACGCGCUCUCACAGCACUCUGAGGACGGAGACGAGCAUGCAGAGGAGGAACCGUUUGACUUUGGAGAUGUGGCGGUCCACCAGGCCAUCCACACCAUAGAAUACUGCCUGGGCUGCAUCUCCAACACUGCCUCCUACCUGCGACUCUGGGCCCUCAGUCUGGCCCAUGCACAGCUGUCGGAGGUGCUUUGGACGAUGGUGAUGCACCUGGGCCUAUCCUCCAGGAGCGGAGGCGGCUUCUUCGGCCUGUCAAUCAUCUUCGCGGCCUUCGCCAUGCUCACCGUGUGCAUCCUGCUCAUCAUGGAAGGCCUGUCCGCCUUCCUGCACGCGCUCCGUCUCCACUGGGUGGAGUUCCAGAAUAAGUUCUACACGGGGCAGGGCUUCAAGUUCGUCCCCUUCUCCUUCGAGAGCAUCCUGGAGGGGCGAUUUGACGAGUAAACCAGCUCGGCCACAUCCCUGACAAAUCCCAGACCAACACCCCCUCCCACCCCCCCACCCCCAGACUUUUCCCUCUAUAAACGUUUCUGCAUGGACCCCCCAAACUGCAGCUCUCUUACCCCCUCUAGGAGCCAUGUUGUGACGUGUCGGUUUCGUGAGUUGUGUGUCUACGCUCCUCUUUGCCCCACUCCAGCCUCGCAAUGUUGUGAAGUGUUGUUGUUGUUUUUCCAUUUUCACGAAACUCCCUCCUUCCUUCCGCGAUGCCAUAAGAAGUUGCUACAUAUUGUGUGUUGUCGCGUUUCACCCAUGAGCUUAUCAGUCGCUCUUCAUUCAUAUGAAAGAUGGUCAUGGAGUGUUUAUUCCAAAACGCAUGGCUAUGUAAUGACAGCUGUUGACAACAUGUGUAUGUAAUGAUGCUAUCCCGUAGCACUGCUGGUACUAACAUCAUACAAUUUUGUGAAAGUGGUGAAGAGAACAAACGAUGGGUCGGUGACAAAGUAGCAACACUGUCAAGUUUUAUUCUCUGGCAUCCUAUGGCAUCCUAUGGCAUUCCCUCAAUGUGACUGGUGUAAAAUGUUCUGGUGUAUCUAUUCAAAGAGAAUGUCCUCUGUGUGUUGUGGCUCUCCCUGUAUAUAUUGUUUUGUGCAGCAUGAUCUAGCUAUUAGCGUGACCGUGUCAAGAGGAAAUCAUAACAGAUGCUUCCUGCUAAGGAUAUGACCAAAUUGAGAUGGGGGAGAUUAUGGGGACAUGUUCAGGAGCAGUUUGAUUUGACUGUAUUUUCUGAACCCGCUCCGUUGAGGAGCAGGCAGAGCGAUAUUUAAAUCAAAACAUAAAAUGCCUUUCUAUUGGUUACUGUACUGUACUCAUUUACUUGCCCCUAACUCGCAGCAACUGUAUUGUUGUUUAUUAUACUGUAGUACUUACACAUAUAUUAUUUUAAAUGCUAGGUUUGAAGCCUAUUCUACCCUCAAACUCAUGUGAUGAAAACAACACUCUCUUUGGUUCAUAUCGGUGGUUGUGUGUGAUGUGGGCUGUCAAGUAAUGAAACAUAUCUAUCAAAAUACACACAUUAAGUCCUCUCUAGUACAAUCCUAUGGUAUGUAGUCAUCGACAAAUAUUUAUUUUGUAUUAUUUUCGUUCUGCGAAUACAUAUUUUAACUGGUUAAUGUGGUCAUCUGAAUUGUUGUGUUGUGUUCAUAGUCGGUGUGUACAUGUGCGCGUGUGCAUGCCCUGCAGAAGGAUUGGCCUAUUUAAAACAAAGUCCUGUUAACGGUCAAAUUUACUCUGCAGUGUAACAUGUGCUCUGUCAGUUGAUGUUUGUACAUGAUAUCAGUCAGAUGUGUUUGUGAAGCUAACUAUUAAAACAAAGUAUUUGGGGGAAUGGCCCUAGUGUCCUCA